AUGAAGGCAAAUCAAGGCUUAAUGUAUCCUUCAGAGCCUUUCACCACCCAUGUCCCUUGGGGAGAUAGCAAGGACUUUGGGAUGUUUGAACGCAUGCAGUUAUUCCUUAGCAUUUGCAGUGGAAUGACAGAGGAAGCUUCAGCUCAAAGUAUGGGAAAUAGAAGAUCUACUUGCUGCUGUAUGCCUAACCAAAUACUAUUCCAAGGUACAAAAAGUUCAGGGGAUGACUUUACUACUGACAGAAUCGCUGAGGCUUGUACCUGCUUCAUAGGGACCAGGUACCGCGAACCUAACGGAAUAAGCAAUGUCCCAUACCGUUCUUGGUUGGACCCCCAACCAGCGAUUUUCAUCUUCCUGAAUUGGGAUAUCAAGGCUAGGUAG